AUGGCCGCAGACCAGACGUUCUCACGGGAGAAAGCCCAAGGAGCCCUCGCUGGAACACAAGACAGCAGCUGUGAGCAGUGGCACAUGAGCUUCAGGGCGUUUAGCGGCUCGGGGCAGUCGGACCCUGUGGAGGACCUGAGGAGGCUCUAUGAGCUCUGCUAUCUGUGGCUGCGGCCAGACCUGCACACCAAGGAGCAGAUUCUGGAUAUGCUGGUGAUGGAGCAGUUCAUGAUCUCCAUGCCACAGGAGCUCCAGGUCUUAGUGAAGGAAAGUGCUGUGCAGAGCUGCAAAGACCUGCAGGAUGUGCUGAGAAGCAGCCAGCGGCCCAAGAAAUGGACCAUAGUUAGCAUAGAAGGACAGGAAUUUCUCAUGCGAAGUUCAGAUGUUCAGAUGGCCAACGCCGAGGCUGGUGACAGGGAUCUUGUGACAGACUUGUCGAAGAAGCCCCAAUCCUCUGGGUGUGAGAUACAUCCAGAGAACAUCCAGGUCAACAGAGAGCUACAGAACCUGCCAGGAACCAGUGAACCAUCAAAGAGGCAGACUUCAGACCUCCGAGUUCACCAGCGAAUCCACACAGGCGAGAAGCCUUACUGUUGUGAAAUCUGCCUCAAGACGUUCACCCACGACUCCACCCUGCGGAGCCACAAGAGGAUCCACACAAAGGAGAAGCCCUAUGUGUGUGAAGAGUGUGGGAAAGCUUUCAGCCACAAAGGGAACCUCAAUGUUCACCAGCGCACCCACUCUGGGGGACCUGAGAAUCUGCAUUUGGAAGAAGUUCCCAAAUGA